AAAUAAAAUAAAAUUUUGACACUAGUCUUCAAUUCUAUAUAUAUUCUCAACCUCCUAAAUCAAAAACACCCUCUUGUUUUUUCUGUUUAUUUUCUUUGUCUAGAUUUAACAAACAAAUGGCAGAUCAACUUACUGAUGAUCAGAUCUCUGAAUUCAAGGAAGCUUUCAGCUUGUUUGAUAAAGAUGGAGAUGGUUGUAUUACUACCAAGGAACUUGGGACAGUUAUGAGGUCUCUUGGACAAAAUCCAACCGAGGCUGAACUCCAAGACAUGAUCAACGAGGUUGAUGCCGACGGAAACGGUACUAUUGAUUUCCCUGAGUUUCUUAAUCUGAUGGCCAGAAAAAUGAAGGACACGGACUCUGAGGAGGAGCUUAAGGAGGCUUUCAGGGUGUUUGACAAGGACCAAAACGGCUUCAUUUCUGCAGCUGAGCUUCGUCAUGUUAUGACGAAUCUUGGUGAGAAACUCACUGAUGAGGAAGUUGAUGAGAUGAUUCGUGAGGCUGAUGUGGAUGGUGAUGGCCAGAUCAACUAUGAGGAAUUCGUCAAGAUCAUGAUGGCCAAAAGGAAAAGGAAGGAAGCAACCAUGAAAUCAAGAAUAAAGUCAAAGAGUUUUUGGAAAAGAUCUCGUGGAAGCUGUGUUGUCUUAUGAAGUCAUGAAACUUGCGAUCUCCAAAGGGGAAAAAAGCAUUAUCACAUAAUGCAUAUACAUUUAACGUUGAAGGCUAACAUAUCCGCUUUAGAGUAGGGGGGAAAAUUACGGAAGAAGUCAUAAAGCUUGUGUCUUGGUAUUAUUGUGAGUAUGGAAUGGUUUGGUCGUCCUUUCAUUUGAUAAAGUGUUAAUAAAGAGGUGCAUUCCAGGGAUUGUAUUCGGAACAUACUUAAACAUCAAAGAUUUAUGUUGCUUAAGUGUCUGAAA